GCGAAACACGGGAAACGCGACCUAUCUCUUAUUCUCGACCAGUGCUGACCAAAUAAAUCCUUAAAGCAUCAGAAUGUGUGGCAUAUGGGCCUUGUUUGGUAGUGAUGAGUGCCUUUCAGUUCAGUGCACUAAUGCCAUGAAGAUCUUUCAUCGUGGACCGGAUGCUUUCCGCUUCGAGAAUGUCAACGGUUUCACUAACUGCUGCUUUGGGUUUCACCGUCUUGCGAUUGUGGACCAGCUUUAUGGCAUGCAGCCUCUGCGAGUCAAAAAGUUCCCUUAUCUGUGGUUAUGUUACAACGGUGAAAUCUACAACCACAUCAAGCUGAAGAAUCACUUUGAGUUUGACUAUCAAACCAAAGUAGAUGGUGAGAUCCUUCUGCAUCUGUACGAUCGCUUUGGAAUCGAGAAGAUGUGCUCCCUGCUGGAUGGUGUGUUCGCCUUCAUCUUAUUAGACACAGCUAACAGAAAGGUUCACUUGGGAAGAGAUACAUACGGCGUGAGACCGCUAUUCAGAAUGCUGACUGACGAUGGUUUUCUAGCUGUCUGUUCUGAAGGCAAAGGUCUAACACAGAUCAAACACUCCAUGCCCACUGCAAAGAUCACUGCUUUUCCACCGGGACACUUUGAGGUGUUUGACUUGAAGCUCAAUGGGAAAGUGGAGUCUGUUCAGAUGGAUCGCUUUCACUGCUGCACAGACAAACCCAAACAUGCUGACUUUAACAAACUCGAGGGACUGGGCACAGACUUCGAAUUGGAGACAGUCAAGAGCAACAUUAGGAUCCUGUUUGAGGAUGCAGUAAGGAAACGCUUGAUGGCUCACAGAAGAAUCGGUUGCCUUCUCUCAGGUGGUCUCGACUCAAGUCUGGUUGCUGCUUUGCUUGUGAAACUGGCCAAAGAAGAGAAGCUUCCAUAUCCCAUUCAGACUUUUUCCAUUGGUGCUGAGGACAGUCCAGAUGUCGCUGCUGCUCGCAAGGUGGCAGACUACAUUGGCAGCGAGCACCAUGUGGUAAACUUUACACCAGAGGAAGGCAUCAGUGCGCUGGAGGACGUCAUCGUUCACUUAGAGAGUUAUGACAUCACCACUGUUCGUGCCUCUAUUGGAAUGUACCUGGUAUCAAAAUACAUCCGAGAGAAGACAGACAGUGUGGUGAUUUUCUCAGGUGAAGGUUCAGAUGAGCUGACACAAGGAUACAUCUACUUUCAUAAGGCUCCAUCACCUAAAGCUGGUGCAGAGGACAGUGUGCGUCUGCUGGAAGAGCUUUAUCUGUUCGAUGUGCUGAGAGCCGACAGAACCACUGCUGCUCAUGGACUGGAGUUGAGAGUGCCUUUCCUGGACCACAGGUUCACAGCGUACUACCUCUCUCUGCCUGAAGAGAUGAGAGUGCCUAAGAAUGGUGUGGAGAAGCAUCUUUUGAGGGAUGCAUUUGAUGGGAUGAACCUGAUUCCUGAUGAGAUCCUUUGGAGAAGGAAAGAGGCUUUCAGUGACGGUUUGACAUCAGUGAAGAAAUCGUGGUACACCAGCCUACAGGAGCACAUCGAGUCUGAGCUGAAUGACUCUCAGUUGGAGAAUGCUAAUAAACUGUACCAUAUCAAUCCUCCCACAACCAAAGAGGGCUUGUUCAUCAGACAGAUCUUUGAGAAGCAUUACCCUGGCCAAGGUGAGUGGACGCCACAUUACUGGAUGCCCCGCUGGAUCAAGGCCACAGACCCUUCAGCCAGAACACUGUCCAUCUACAAGCCUGAUAAAGAGCAGUAAUCACAUCAACACUCAGACCUCAGUCAACAUGCAUACAUUCUCUACAGCAACUUCCCCAAAAUAUAUAACAUUGCCACAACUUUCUCUGUUUGUUUUACUAAAGUCUUUAUGCACUGAUUUGUUUUGUCUUAGCCUUAAAGAAAAUCAGGUUCUUUAGAGAUUUGUGUGAAUUUUAUUUAUUAUUAUAAUUUUUUUAUUAUUAUUUUUAUUGUAUUUUUUUUUCAAUAUAAAAAUGUAGGAAUUUUCAAAUCUACAGGCCUUACUUUACUCAAUAUACACUCAUCCGCCACUUUAUUAGGUACACCUGUCCACCUGCUAGUUAACGCAUUAAAUAUUUAAAUAGUCAAUUACAAGGCAGCACCUCAAUGCAUUUAGGCAUGUAGACUUGGUCAAGAUGAUCUGCUGCACUUCAAACCAUGCAUCAGAAUGGGAAAGUAAGGUGAUUUAAGUGACUUUAAACGUGACCUAGAUGUUGGUGCCAGACGGGCUGGUCUGAGUAUUUCAGAAACAACCAUCUCUUGGGUUUGCAAAGAAUGGUCCGAAAAAGAGAAAAUAUUCAGUAAGCGGAAGUUCUGUGGGAGCAAACACCUUGUUGAUCCCAGAGGUGGAAGGAGAAUGGCCAGACUGGUUUGGGCUAAUAGAAAGUCAACAGUAACUCAAAUAACCACUCGUUACAACUGAGGAAUACAGAAGAGCAUCUCUGAAUGCAAAACACAUCCAACCUAAAGGCAGAUGGGCUACAGCAGCAGAAGACCACACCGGGUGCCACUCCUGUCAGCUAAGAACAGGAAACUGAUUCUACAAUUCACACAGGCUCACUAAAAUUGGACAAUUUCUUGAUUUCUGUUGCGACAUUUGGAUGGUGGGGUCAGAAUUUGGCGUCAACAACAUGAAAGCAUGGAUCCAUCCUGUCUUGUAUCAAUGGUGCAGACUGGUGGUGAUGCUGUAGAGCACCUUUGGGAUGCGGUGGAACAGGAGAUUCGCAUCAUGGAUGUUCAGCCGACAAACCUGUAGCAACUGUGUGAUGCUCUCAUGUCAAUAUAAACAAAAGUCUCUGAGGAAUAUUUCCAGUACCUUGUUAAAUCUAUGCCACAAAAAAUUAAGGCAGUUCUUAAGGGCAAAAGGGGGUCCAACCCGGUACUAGUAAGGUGUACCUAAUAAAGUGGCCGGUGAGUGUAUUUUAGGGCCGCACGAAAAAUCUGACAUUGUGAUAUUUUGGAUUUGUGCGAUUUAUAUAAUGCAAUAUAAUAAAAUUUCACCAGAUGACUUAAAUAGCUGUAUUUGGAAACAAUUAACUAAUUUUUGAUUGAUUUGGGUAAUUCUGUAGGGAAACGAAUCAUAAGUAUCUAAUAAAUUGAUAACAAGCAUAGCUACAGUACAUGCAAUAGAGCAAAUAUGAGAGUAAAAUAAACAGUGCUUUAAGGUUGUCAGGGUAGUCAAAUCAUAUUCAGGUUUGGGCUGCACAAUGCGCAACAUCGAUAUAUGCUGCAUAAGGUAAAGUAGCAUAUAUAUAUAUAUUUAUAUAUAUAUAUAUAUAUAUAUAUAUAUAUAUAUAUAUAUAUAUAUAUAUAUAUAUAUAUAUAUAUAUAUAUAUAUUAGGGUUGGGCAUCUAAGCUAUAAUGCCGAUCCGAUACGCAUCUCGAUACAAAGAAUACGAUCCGAUAUAUUAGCGAUACAUUUGUGACAUAUUGCGAUGCGACACGAUACGAUUCACACCCAUAUCACGAUACGAUGCGAUAAUUCAGCACUAACUAAUUAGAUCAAGUUUAUGAGAUUAUGUGAAAGAGGAUGCUGUGCCAUUGAAUGAGUUUGAUUGAUUAUUUAUUAACCAAGCAAAACCAAGACUUUUUUUACAAACUGGCUUUUCUCUCAGAGCCAGAGUGUCAGUUUACAGUAGAGGGCCAUUUUAGAACCUAUAGCACAUAUUAUUUAAGUAUUUUCAAGAUAAACAGAAUGUAUAAGUGCAAUAUAUAUUAAAAUAUAUAUAUUUGCACUCUUUCAACAUAAAGGUUUAGCAUUGCACAACAAGAAUUGUGAUUUAACUUUUCAACUAUGAAAACAAGUUUUACAAAGAUAUAUUUUGCCACUGAAUAUUCAAAACUUAAGGUGGUGAACUAGCAGUGUUAUGCUGCUUUGAAACAUCACUGUCACUGUAAACAACAGGCUAAUAAAAAUAUAACAAACCAGCAAUCUUCUUGCUGUGAGGUGGUCAAACUACCCACUGUGCCACCAUGACGCCCAUUAUUUUUAUCAUUAUUAUUAUUAAUAUUAUUAUUAUUAUUAUUAUAAUUAAAUAAAAAUUAACAGAAGGAGGUGUUCAAAACCUUCGUUCUCCGUGACACUAGGCUGAAUAUCUUUGCAGAUGAACAGGGCCGGCACGUCCAUAGAGGCGACCUAGGGGGCCGCCUAGGGCGGCAGUAUAGAGAGGGCGGCGUCCGCAACACCCCCCCUUACCACCCGCAUCCUCAGUUAUGUCCGCGACACCUCCAUCAGCGCCCGCUUGUCCUCAGUUAUAUCCGCGCAUAGGGUGGCAGAAUAGAGGUCCGCGACACCCACGUCCUCAGUUAUAUCCGCGCAUAGGGCGGAAGAAUAGAGGUCCGCGACACACGCGCGUCCUCAGUUAUAUCCGCGCAUAGGGCGGCAGAACAGAGGUCCGCGACUCCGGCGCGUCCUCAGUUAUAUCCGCGCAUAGGGCGGCAGAAUAGAGGUCCACUGGAAGAUGGAGCUUUCACAACAACACAGUGGCGCCGCUUCAAGUGAGAUUUCAGAUUAUUCGUACUGCCCGUGUAUUUUACAGAUGCGCGGCACACUUUUGCAAAUUGCAUCUGUCCUGUCAUGUCGUCCAUCCUUAAAUCCAUAAUGUUGCCAUACUUUAGAUUUAAAACUCAGUGGGGAAUAAAAUGUUUGUUUUGCUUCUCGCGCUUUCUGAGGGCGCACCACUAGCUUCAUCCGCACACCUGAUACAGUUGUAGUGUAAGUGUACACAUCCGCAAAUCCGUUGCUAAGGCUUACUUUAAGUAGGUCGAUUAAAUUAUGCGCCAAAAACAGGUUGACAACACUUGUUAAUAAAUAAAAAAUACAUUCUAUAUUAAAAAUAUAAGCUGUAUCUUGGAAAAACCGAUGCAUCUCGCAAAAACCGAUGCAUCUCGAUUUGCUUCCAAAAUUUCAUUCAUCCUCUGCUGCUCUACCGAUGCACUCGCAUCGUGCACGCGCAUGACCGCGUAUCGAUACAUAUCGGUUAAUCUUCCCAUCCCUAAUAUAUAUAUAUAUAUAUAUAUAUAUAUAUAUAUAUAUAUAUCAACAGCUAUAAUUAAAAUUAAAAGGUAUGUAGCAUGUUGGUUAAUAGAUUCCCAUAAUUUCCCAUUAAGCUGCACAUUAAACAUUUUAUUUUUUCACAAAUAAAUAUGUAUUAUAAAUAAGUAUGCCGUAAUCAUGUAAAACCAAAAAAACACACACAACAAAAAAAUUCAACAGAAAUGAUACAGAAAUCUUGCACUGAUCAAAGAAAGUUAACAACUAGUACUCUACCGUUCAAGAGUUUAAAAUCAGUGUGAACAGAAAAUUGACUUCUAUUUUAGGAUGUCGCUGUAUUUUUAACUGAAAUUGAACAUUAAGUAGAGGGUUGGGCUGUCUAAUUGCGUUAUAGCAAACUAAUGGUAACUGAGUUUAAGAAUAUUGAGGCUGAACCUACAUCAACAGAAGUAUCGACACUAAACUCAGAAGCACUUGGUCUGACUUUGAUUGAAGAUAACCAAAAUAAGCAAAAACAAUUCAGUGGAUUAACUUGCACUGAUUAAUUGUUCAUCUUAAGAACAGCAAUGUGUGCUAGUAAAUAAACAUUGUACAUUUUGAUCUCACACAGACUUUAAAUGUUAGUCAUGUUUUUGAAAGAAGACUGUUAUGCUACUGAGGAUGCGUUUAUUUGCUCAAUAAAUAUUGAUGAAUUAAAACAGCUGUUUUCUCUUUUAA